UCGGGAUUACAAUGCUUUUGCCGCGGGGCCUGCACUACAAGUCCCAAUGUGCAAGGCGCAGGGGAAAGCCAGCGGGAGAUUUGCACUACAUUUCCCAUCGUACUCUGUGGUGGAUCCUGUGACUGAGUGCCUGGCCCAGCUCGGAGCAGUCGGUGUUCCUUUAUCCUAGAUGUCCCGGCAUCAUGGAAGAAGUGGACAAGAUCCUCAUACAUUCCCUCCGCCUCUCUGGGACGGACAUCCCAGAGGAAGUUCAGAGCAUCCGUGAGUUCACCACCGAAUUGAUUGUUGAAUCUGUGGUACGAUGCCUGCGGGUCAUCAGUCCUUCUGCAGGAGCAGGUCUGAGCCACAUUCUCCCUCCAGGCAUGUCUGCUCGUUUCCGGAUAGGCAUGAGCCUGGCCCAGGCUUGUCAGGACUUGGGAUAUCAAGGGGAAGUUGGCUAUCAGACAUUCUUGUACAGCAAUGAGCCUGAAAUCCGGCGCCUCCUCCUCUUCCUGGUGGAGAAGUUCCCACGAGAUGCCUCAGAGGAUGCCAACCAGCCUGUGGGCAAGUCUGCAGCUCUUCACAGAGCCAUUGCUGCUGCUAUCAAGGGGCAACUGGCCAUCCCAUGGGUACCCCCCACCUGCCGUACUCCUCGCUUGCAGCUUUUACAGGGUUCACGCUUAUUGAAACAAUUCCAGGCGCAGCGAUUGAUCCUACCGCAGGAGUCAGACCCAUUUAUUGGGAAAGUAUCCCCAGAGAGGAAAGAAUUCUUUGUCAGAUUCCUGCCUCCUGUGUCAGCCCAGCUUCCUCAGCCUGCAUCCUUGGUGCCAUCCCUGUUGGAGCUUAAUAUGACUGAGCUGAGUGCAGUCCAAGACUGGGACAGCGAGUGGAAGAGCCAGGGGCUUGGUUCCCGCAUGACUCCGGAGGAAUACCGCCAAUGGAAGCAUCAACGACUGCGCCAUCGCCUUUUGGACCAGCUACGACAAACUUCUCCCCGUGCUGGGCCAUCUCAACAAGGGACAGCCAGCCGAGAGCUGAUACAGCUACUAGAGACAUUUGGUGCUGGCCAUGAGCAGGCUGGUGCACUAGCCAAGGGCUCUCGCUUCACCCACACUCAGCAUUUGGCCUACAAGCAGGAUGCAGAGAUCCCAACACAUGUGGAAACUCUGCCAAACUCUCGGACAUCAGAACAGGAGUUCCGGGAAAGCCAGGCAGCAGAACUGGAAAAUGUGGAAAGUGAACUGAACCAUCUCAUAGGGCAGAUUGAGGAGCUGGAGGGCCAGAUGUCCACACUGGGGCUGACCCUCACACAGGUGGAAGGGGAAGUACGGCAGCAGCAGAUGGGGGUGAUGGAGCAGGAGCAGAUUCUGCGUGUGAAGGGAUGUACCGUGGAGCUGUUGCCCGAUGCUGAGAACAACAUGGCUAAGCUACAGGUGCUGGUUGAGAGCAGCGCACAGAGAGUCAUCCAGCUGGCUGCCCAGUGGGAGAAACACCGGGUGCCGCUCAUCCAUGAAUUCCGAGAGCUCAAGGCUCUCUGUGAUUCCAAGGAGCUGGAAUCAUCACAGCGCCUGUUGGAGAUCAGGGAGCUGCACGAGCGGAUCCGAUUGGCCGCUGACGAGGCUAAGCGCAAGGAUGAUCUCUACAAACAACUGCUUGUAGAGUUGGAAUCUCUUCCCAAAGAUAUUUCUCGCUCCGCCUAUACCCAGCGCAUCCUGGAGAUUGUUGGCAAUAUCCGUAAGCAGAAGGAAGAGAUCACAAAGAUCUUACACGACACCAAGGAGCUCCAGAAGGAGAUUAAUAGCCUCGCUGGGAAGCUGGACCGGACUUUUGCUGUCACCGAUGAGCUGGUUUUUAAGGAUGCCAAGCGUGAUGAGGCUGUGAGGAAGGCAUAUAAGUAUUUGGCAGCUUUGCAUGAGAAUUGCAGUCAGCUGAUCCAGACUAUUGAGGACACGGGCACCAUUUUGCGGGAAAUCCGGGAUCUCGAGGAGCAGAUUGAGAGUGAAACCAGCAAGAAAACCCUGAGCAAUUUGGAGAGGAUCCUUGGUGAUUAUCGGGCCAUAAAACAGGAAAAUACAGCACUGCUCAGCCGUUCCCGAGAGACAUGAAGAUCCCAUCCUGAUACGCAGUUCUAGGGUGGUUCAGGGGCCUGGCCAAGCUCAUGUCAUUGAGACUCUA